GAACUAAACCCAAACGUCAAACGAAAAAUCAUCACUAUUUCACAAUCGUUCCAUAUUUGUUAUCGAAACGAUUGAAUAACGCAAUUAUUUUCCGAAUAAAUCAUUCUUUCGUGAUAAUUUCGUUGAAUUUUUUCCAAUAAAAUAAAUUGGCUCCAUCAAAGAGACAGAAUAAUUCCAAAAUUUUGUCGGAAGAAAAUCACGCGCUUAUUCAUUGUGUGUCCAGAGAAAAACAAUGAAUAGAAGAUAAAUCACCGAACCGUCACAUCGAUCGAACAUAACCUCAACCACUUCACCAAUUAGCGACUAAAGAACUUUCGAUUUGCCGCAAAGCAAGAAACCAAUCAGCAAUAAUGCCAGUUUUUGAUCCACUAAACAGUAACUAUUCAAGUCGGCUGUUUCCGGCGAUUGGUACAAAGUUGUACUUGAACUCUGAAUUGGCCGAUGUUCACUUUGUAUUCGGAGCUAAUGAUGACUACGAACGAGUCUCAGCGCACAAAAUGCUUUUGAUGGCGGCCAGCGACGUCUUUGCCACAAUGUUCAAUGGAACAUGGAAGGAGAAGGAUGAGGUGGAGAUUACCGAUGCAUCUGUUGCUGUUUUCAAGGAAUUUCUCCAGUUUUUCUACUUUGAUCAAGUCAAGUUGACGAUGGAAAACGUCACCGCAGUGAUGAAUCUCGGUGAAAAGUACAACGUAGCCGAGUGUUUGACGGUGUGCAGCAAGUUUCUGAAAAACAACCUCAACGACGAAAAUGUCUGUCGAGACUAUGGAUUGGCAAUCUUGCUCAAUCAAUGGAGCUUGAAGAAAGCAUGCGAAGUUUUCAUUGGAUCGAAUAUCAAAACAGUAUUCAAGUCAACAGGCUUUCUGACAUGUGAUCAACAGAUGCUGGCUCAAAUACUGCAGCUGGAUUGGAUGUUGUGCUCAGAGGUUGAGCUAUUCGAGGCAUGCAUGUCUUGGGUUAGAAUGUCAAGCAAAAAGGAUGUUCUAAGCAAGAGGAUGAUGCGAGCUCAUCUCGGCGACUUGUUCCAUGAAAUUCGCUUCGGUUCAAUGUUAUUCCAGGAGUUUUCGUCAUUGAUCCCGUCAUAUGGGCAGUUUUUCAAUGCUAGCGAAUAUGGAACCAUCAUUCAAAUGAUCGCAGACGAUGAAUUCGAAGCGACAAGCUUCAACGGGAAUCGUGAGAAACGCUGCAACUCAUAUCCAUGGAUUGAGGAAGAUGAGGUGCGUUGUAAUCGAUUGCUUUCGCGGUAUAAGUUGAAUAAACCAUAUUUUCUGAAAAAUUUGGAAACAACCAAGUUCUCCACCAACGAACCACUUUUGCUUAGUGACUUCACUCUUGACCGCAUUUAUGAAUAUGCUGGACAAAAAUAUUAUUAUUGUGAAGAUGUUCUAACCGAAAUAACCAUCGUCGAAGUGUCCAGUUUCGAUGGUUCGCACAAAGAAGUGGAGAAAUUCAAUGGAAUGGCAAACAUUAAUAACUCAAGCGUUACAAAUGUCGAGAUUCCCAAACCAAUUCUGAUCAAACCAGGAUUCAUGUAUGAAAUUCGGUUGCAGCAAAACCCUCCAGAAAAUUGCGCCAUUGGCCUUAUUCUAAAAUCCAAAGUUCAAGUCGGGGAUGGCAUUACCAUUCAAUUUCAUGAUGACGCAUUGAUGCCGCGUGAUACUACACCAACCGGCUUAAUAUACAAACUUCGUUUUUACCGCAUUGAAGAUUGAGCUUUUUUUGCUGUACCUUUCACCAAAUGUUUUUUCAAAUGACAAUUUAAUUGUUACUAAAUCAGUGAUAAAUACGUUUCUUCGAAUUUAUGAGUUGCAUUUUAUCGAUUAAGCGAUGUUUUUCACUUCAAUUUUUCACAAUCACUUAACAUGUCUGGUUUAACACACCAAAAUUCGUAAUCAAAACGCUAUUUCAAAAGACAAGUAUAUUCUGAGUUUAGAGUAUGUUUUUAAAAAGGAACCAAACUCAUGUGCAUUUUGAUAACUGACCAUAGGCCUAUAGCUCGUUCUGAAGAUCGCUUGGUUUUUUUUUUAAUUCAUCGAUUUUUUUUUGUUAUGUUACAUUAUGUAACUUGUCAAAAAGGCUGUCAUUCCAUAUUCCAAAACAAUUCUCAGUGUCAAGUCCUUUUGUACAACACUGAGUGUGAAUAUAUGAAAGUCCUUCGUAAUUUAUACAAUAGAAAUGGAAAGGGAAACAAUGGAAACAAAUGAGUUACGUUUAUCAUCAAUCAUUUUUAUUGGCUAAAUAAAUUUUUCAUUUGAUUCA